AUUUACUUACUCCCCACUUUCCUCACACACAGUGUAGGCUACGAUGGCAACUAGAUAAAAUAAAGUGACACCCAGCGGGUCAAAAUGCUGAUGACAUCGUUUCUUAGCGCAGUGGUUCCCCGGUCUUGUUUCCGAACUGUGUUGCUAAUCCCACAGCUUGAAGCUGCUUGAGGCUACAUGUAGCUUGAAGCUACACGGAGCUAGCUAGCUUCUCCCCAGCUAGCUUCCCCCCCAGCUUCCACACACAGUCAGCAGGGACUCCCGACACUAACUACUACCCAGUGCUGCUUCUAACCUGACAGGUAUUGUAGAAACAGUGUCAUAGAAGUGGAAUUAAAGUUGUGACAGCGGGUUUUUGCACUGGUACCAUCGCAGUUAGCAUGGUGGCUAGCCCGCUAGCCUAGCCCGCUAGCGCCGUUUUGAAAGCUCGUUAUAACCGUAUGUGACCGUGCACACAUACCGUCAGUGCUCUAACGAGCCACCGUCAGACGGACAACUCCGCUGGCUUAACACACACGUAACAUUAAUCGUAGAAUCGUAGUUGUGUUUGUGUUUAUUGUGAUACAGGAAAAGAAGCAGGACGUUUGAGGUCCGAAAAUGACGUCGUACGGAAAUGACGUCGUACGGAAAUGAUGUCGUUAGCGGACCAAUCACAGCCAAGGGCUGUCCGUAUGCUAUCCGAAAUAAACACGGACAGUUAGAAAAAUCAGAGGUGCACGAAAAGCUCUCCGAGGCGCUCGGAGAGGGCGUUCCACGGCGGACAGGGCGGUCCUAUCUGUCCGUGUCCGUCAAAACGUAGUAGCAUAAAGGAGCCUUUAAGGUUUUUUCUUCUCAUGCACACACACUCAUGCCUCCGCUCUGUUUACUCUUUAAUAAUUGAGUGUUUUUCCUGAUGGCUGCCUGGAUGGCUUUGGAGGUAAAUCUAUGAGAACUGGCACCAGCUUGAUGGGAGUGAUGUCAGUGACCCCGAUGGGUCACAAGGAGUUAUGAAUCCAUCUCUAUUUCUGGUGCAGCCUUUUACUCAGCCUUUCUAUCUAUUUUCAUGUGACCUGUCUGCCCCCCCCGCGCGUGGCUUCUCUUUCCAACUUCCAAUUUAUCGUCUGGCCUUCAGGCGAACAUUCAUAAGUCAUUAUCACUUCUCUUUUCAUACCUUUUGUUUCGUUUUCGCCUCCCUUUUCCUUAUCGCUCUCAUUCUGUCUUUGGCUCUGUCUCAGUUUCCAGAGCCCUUGUUCAUAUCUUAAUCUUUCUUUGUCUCUCUCAGUGCUUUUCUCUCCCGACCGCCCCCCUGCCUGCUGCCUCUUUUUAUUCCCUCAUCUUUAUGUUGCUCCAUCUUUUGCUCCAUCUUACGUCAGCUCUUUCUACACACCUUUUAGCUCCACCCUGAUUUCUCCUUGUGAGUCACAGCAACAAUGUCCCGGUUUCGUUCCACAUCGUGAUAACAUAUCUUUCUUUAUCAUUUCUUUGUUCUGUCCUCGUCUCCUGCCUCCUUCAUCUGCCUGUCUUUCUCCCGCCCUCCCAUUCUAAUGCCCAUUAAUUCUGAGUCUGAAUUUCUGAGUGUCACAUGCACACACUGAACUUGUUAUUGUCUGGGCUCACCUCUCUUGACAGUGUUAAACCCACAGUGUGUUGACUCACCUCCCCUCUUGUUGCCAUAACAACAGAAUGUCUUCUGAUGUUUCUGAGUUGUGGAGAAUACCUGCCAACCCUGAGUCUUCUGUGAGGCCAUGGCUGAUGGCUUAGCUGCCUCUGGGCCCCUGUGUGAACAAGACAGUUGGCAGCGGUAGCUUACUUGCCUUUGGCAUUUGAAUAUAAAUUGUUUAUAUGUGAAGUUUAAUUGUAGCCAGCCUAGGUCAAGAGUGUGUUUUUACAAUAUUUAUCAUGUCUCGCUAAGAUAAGCUGAAGUCAUUCCAGGAGAAUAAAUCAAAAAUUGAAAAAUGAUUUAGGACUCUACCACCCUCUUUUGGAUUUACAAAGUAAUGACAUAAUCUCUAAUGAACUCAGUCAUUUGUUACCCGCAGGAAAUCGGUCCAUUCAAAUUCAAACCGACACGACAAAUGGAGAGAAUUAAGCCAGCGAGAGCAAAUACUUUGUAAAGAAAACUGACCAAUGGAGUUCUAAACCAAUAAAUACAUUAGUGUCAACAGAAAAAAAAGACAAAUGUGUUCAACUUGAUAAAAAUGUCCAAUUCUGCAUCACUCAACCACAAAUAGAAUUUCUUGGCCUGUUAGGACUGACCGAUUAUUUAUAGAAAAGAUAAUAUGUUCCACUUGAUGUUAUAAAAGUGCGGACGGUAAUUAAAGUCGUGGAAGCAGUCAGUGAUAUUUAUAAAAGCCCAGACUUGUGUUGUGUUGAUGAUGUUCUCAGAAUUAGAAGCUGAUCCGAUAGGAAUACCAGCCUUUAUAAAGAAUUUAUGAAAAAUGAGCAAAUUCUGGAUCAAAUCGACGCCUCCUCAUUUCCCAUUUUUCUCUUCCUGCUGCUUGAGCUUCUGGUGCGUUUCUGCCCAUUGAAGCCGACACAGAUUAUGGGGUGCUCUCAAAAAGACGACAAAUUGCUGCAAGCGUGAUCGCAGCUGCAGCAUCUUCACGUGUCUUCCAACUACACGAGUAGAAAGAUGAGAUAUGUAAUCAUUUAAAUAUUUUUCCUGAGUGUAAAACAAAAUAUACAAACACACACCUGCACACUUAUGGAGUUAAUGGACAGUUCUUGCAGACACUUGAAUGAGGUUCUGAGGUUUAACAACAUUAAGCUGUGUGGGAUAGUCUACUGAUUUCAUUACGAUUUGAGAACUGAUCCAAAAUGCAACUUUGUUUCUGUCUGAUUUUGUUAACAUAAAAAAGAAAAUUAUAGAAUUUAUUUCCCCAUAAUUGGACUGAUGAAAAAAACACAUCUCUGCAGUAGUUUUAACAACAUAAGUAACUUAACAUACUUAAGAUAUCAUCACUUUGUAUCCCUUUAUGUUGCUGCUGUGGAGGUUUCAGAUUAAGUCAUCCAUUCAGAUCAAAUGAGAAAAAUGGAAACGGCACACACACUACGCAGGCCUGCGGGCGGUGUGAGACUCCACCUUGUUGAACUCAACCACUUCCCCUUAAUCGCUUGAAGGCAGGAAGAGAGGAGAGACAGAAGAGGAAGAGACGCAAAGGGGAUGGGCUUAGUGCUUUCCCUUAAAGUUAGACAAAAGCAGAAGUGAGAAGUCUAGCAAAAAGUGACAGCAAAAGAAUCGGAGGAGACUCCAAGAGAGAGAAAGGUAGGAGAGGGGCUGCGUGCAGUCAUGGCUCCGUGGACGAGGACCACCACAGAGCGGUACGGUGUAGUGAAGUGGAAUUUUGUCGGGACUGGAGAGAAGCAGCUUUCUCUGGAGGUGGGAGAUGCUGUUCACAUCCAGGAAGCCUGUGAAGGCUGGUACAGGGGCUACUUGGCGAGGAACAAAACCCAACGGGGUGUGUUCCCCGCCAGCUUUGUCCAUCUUAAGCAGGUGGUCAUUAAAAAACGAGGAAAUGAGGAGGUGGUGAUGUUUGCAGAGAUGCCCCUGGUGAAGGAGGUGACCACCACACUGAGGGAGUGGGGAAGCAUAUGGAAGCAGCUCUUUGUGGUCAAUAAAGAGACGCGUGUGAAGCAGGUCCCGAGACUGAUGUGGGAACUAAUGGAGUGGCGUUCCCAGCUCCUCUCCGGCACUCUGCCCACGGACGAGUUCAAGGAGCUCAAGCAGAAAGUCACUUCCAAGAUCGAUUACGGCAACAAGAUCUUGGAGCUGGACCAGGUCGUUCGAGAUGAGGACGGGAACAUCCUGGACCCGGAGAAGGCGAGCGUCAUCAGCCUCUUCCGGGCUCACGAGGAGGCAACGGCCAAGAUCAAUGAACGCAUCAAAGAGGAGAAGUCCAACAUCCAGACGGACCACAGCGGGAUCUCAGCACGGAUCCAAUCUUCCCCCUCCCACAGCCUCUACGUCUUUGUCAGGAACUUCGUGUGUCGCAUUGGAGAGGACUCCGAGCUCUUCAUGUCCCUCUACGACCCCAACAAACAGAGCAUCAUCAGUGAGAACUACAUGGUGCGCUGGAGCAGCGAAGGAUUCCCCAAAGAGAUCGACAUGCUCAACAACCUGAAAGUUGUCUUUACAGACCUGGGAAACAAGGAUCUGAGCAAAGAGAAGAUUUAUCUGAUUUGUCAGAUAGUGCGAGUGGGCACGAUGGACCUGAAAGAGAAAAAAAACAGCAAGUGCACUCAUGGUCUGAGGCGGGCGUUUGGGGUGGCAGUGAUGGACAUCAGCGACAUCAUCAAGGGGAAGGUUGAAUGUGAUGAAGAGAAGCAGUACUUCAUCCCCUUCUUCCCGGUUGUCGCUGAGAACGACUUUCUUCACACCUUGCUGAACAAAGUGACUGCAUCACGAGGAGACAGCGGCGGCCAAGGUCUGUGGGUCACCAUGAAGGCUCUGGUCGGGGACAUAGUUCAGACCCGGAAAGAGUACCCCCACCUGGUGGACCGCAGCACCAUGGUGGCCCGCAAGCUGGGCUUCCCGGAGAUCAUCAUGCCGGGUGACGUUCGCAACGACAUCUACCUCACCCUGCAGGGCGGCGACUUCGACAAGUACAACAAGACGUCGCAGAAAAACGUGGAGGUCAUCAUGUUGGUCUGUGAUGAGGACGGCAAGGUCAUUCAGAACUCCAUCUGUCUGGGAGCAGGGGAUAAGGCGGUCAGUGAGUACAAAUCCGUCAUCUACUACCAAAUCAAACAGCCCCGGUGGAUGGAGACGUUUAAGGUGGCAGUCCCUCUGGAAGAAAUGCACAGAAUUCAUUUGCGCUUCAUGUUCAGACACCGCUCUUCACUGGAGUCCAAGGACAGGAGUGAGAAGAACUUUGCCAUGGCCUUCGUGCGUCUGAUGAAAGAUGAUGGGACGGUUCUGCAGGAUGGAAUGCAUGACCUUGUCGUGUUCAAGGGCGACAGCAAGCGCAUGGAGGAUGUGAACUCCUACCUGUCGUUGCCUUCGACGCGCCACCAGCACGCCGACCUCCACAAGGGGUCGGGGCUGAACCGCAGCUCCAGCAACGUGUCCGGGAGCGGGGGGGGCCUGUCGGUCAGCUCCAGGGACAGCUUCACCAUCUCCACCCUGGUCUGCUCCACCAAACUCACCCAGAAUGUUGGCCUGCUGGGGCUGCUCAAGUGGAGGACUCGACCUGAACUCCUCCGAGAAAAUCUGGAGCAACUCAAAAUCAUCGAUGGAGAGGAGGUGGUCAAGUUUCUGCAAGACACUCUGGACGCCUUGUUCAACAUCAUGAUGGAGCACUCUCAGACAGACGACUACGACAUCCUCGUGUUUGAUGCCUUGAUAUACAUCAUCGGUCUGAUUGCCGACAGAAAGUUCCAGCACUUCAACACGGUGUUGGAGGCCUACAUCAAGCAGCACUUUAGCGCCACGCUCGCCUACAAGAAGCUGAUGUCGGUGCUGAAGAGAUAUCUGGACGUGUCCAGCCGAGGGGAACAGUGUGAGCCCAUCCUCCGAACCCUCAAAGCCCUCGAGUACAUCUUCAAGUUCAUCGUCCGUUCGCGCAAGCUCUACUCCCAGCUGUACGAGGGGAAAGAGCAGGAAGAGUUUGAGGAUUCGCUGAGGAGGCUCUUUGAGUCCAUCAACAGCCUGAUGAAAACUGACUACACCACCACCCUGCUGAACAGGGUUGCCGCUCUGAAGUACCUGCCAACAGUCCUGCAUGAUGUGGAGAAAGUGUUUGAUCCCAAGCUCCUCAGUCAGCUGCUGCACGACUUCUAUUCCUGCAUCCCCCCCGAGAAACUGCAGAAGCAGAAGGUGGCCUCCAUGACUGAAAUCGUGAGCAGCCGACUCUUCCAGAAACAAGAGUGCCGUGAUGUGCUGUUACCCAUGAUGCUGCGGGAGUUGAGCGGGGCGCUGGCCAGCAUGGCUGACGGGCCUCAUGACGAGAGGAGGAACAGCCUGGAGCUGCUCAACAACAUCCUGGAGGUCCUCAGCCGGGACAAUGUGGGGGAAACGUUUCAGCACAUCCAGGACAUUGUGGUGUCUCUGCUGAGGAUCAUUAACCAGACGGUCAUCACGAUGGGUCGUGAGCACGCCCUGAUUUCCAGGGUGGUCGCCUGCAUGACAGCGAUCCUCAGUCAGAUGGACGAUCGUCAUUAUGCCACAUACAUAGAAACGUUCAGUGGAACCACUGAUCUCGUGGACUUCCUGAUGGAAUCCUUCCUGCUCUUCAAGGACCUGAUUGGAAAACAUGUGUAUCCCUCUGACUGGAUGGCCAUGAUCAUGGUGCAGAACAGGGUGUUCCUGAGAGCCAUCAAUACCUACGCCGACACCAUGAACCACAAGUUCCUCAACAACGAUGACUUUGAAGUCCAGUUGUGGAAUAACUACUUCCACUUAGCGGUGGCGUUUAUUACCCAGGAGUCUCUGCAGCUUCAGCAUUUCUCGCCGACCAAAAGGAACAAGAUUCUUGCCAAAUAUGGAGAUAUGAGGAGACUCAUUGGUUUUGCUAUCCGUGACAUCUGGUACAAACUAGGGAGCCAUAAGAUCUGUUUCAUCCCCGGCAUGGUGGGUCCCAUCCUGGAGAUGACCCUGAUCCCAGAGGAGGAGCUGAGAAGAGCCACCAUUCCAAUUUUCUUCGACAUGAUCACCUGUGAACACACACACUCUGGAAACUUCCACAAGUUUGAGAAUGAGAUUAUUCUGAAGCUGGACCACGAGGUGGAGGGCGGAGGGGGCGAUGAGCGAUAUAUGCAGCUGCUGGAGACCAUCCUCCUGGACUGCGCUGCCGAGCAACUCACACUGAGGCCGGAGGUGGAGCACUUUGUCUCCUUGGUGAAGGGACUCCUGAUCCGUCUCCUCGACUACCGCACCGUGAUGAGCGACGACAGCCGCAACAACCGCAUGAGCUGCACCGUCAAUCUGCUGAACUUUUACAAAGACAUCAAUCGUGAAGGGAUGUACAUCAGGUACCUUUACAAAUUGAGAGACCUUCACCUGGAGGGCGAGAACUACACAGAGGCAGCAUACACACUGCUGCUCCACUCUCGCCUGCUCAAGUGGUCCGAUGAGAUGUGCAGCCCCCAGUUUGAGUUCAGCAGCUCCGACACCCAGCGGCAGCUCAAAGAACGACUCUACGACACCAUCAUCGACUACUUUGACAAGGGCAAGAUGUGGGAGGAGGCCAUCACUCUGUGUAAGGAACUGGCGGAACAGUACGAGAAUGAGAUCUUUGACUACGAGUUACUCAGCAAGAGACUGGAGAAACAAGCCAAGUUCUACGAGAACAUCAUGAAGAUCCUGAGGCCGAACCAGGACUACUUCGCAGUGGGGUACUAUGGACAGGGCUACCCUCCGUUCCUCAGGAACAAGGUGUUUAUCCACCGGGGGAAGGAGUACGAGCGCAGAGAAGAGUUCCAGAACAAGCUAAUGAGCCAGUUUCCCAGCGCCGUGCGCCUCAACACCACCACGAUGCCGGGAGACGACGUCAGGAACUCGCCGCUCCAGUAUAUCCAGUGUUUCACCGUGCAGCCCGUCCUGGAGAUCCCUCCUCGCCUGAAGAACAAACCCGUCCCUGACCAGAUCAUCAACUUCUACAAGGCCAACUACGUGCAGCGUUUUCACUAUUCCAGGCCUGUGAGGAAAGGACCCGGGGAUCCAAACAAUGAGUUUGCUUCGAUGUGGAUUGAACGCACAACCUUCACCACUGUGUAUAAGCUGCCUGGGAUCCUGCGCUGGUUUGAGUCUACUGACUUGAAGCAUACCACCUUGUCACCACUGGAGAACGCCAUAGAGACCAUGGAGUCCACCAAUAGGAAGAUCCUGACCAUGAUCAACCAGUAUCAGGCUGAUUGGAGCCUUCCCAUCAACCCCCUCUCCAUGCUGCUCAACGGCAUCGUGGACCCGGCCGUCAUGGGGGGCUUCGCCAAGUAUGAAAAGGCGUUCUUUACCGAGGAGUACAACGAGCAGCACCAGGAGGACAGAGAUAAACUGGUGCGCCUCAAAGACCUCAUCGCAUGGCAGACCCCGCUCCUGGGCGCGGGAAUCUCCCUCCACGGGAAGAGAGUGAGCGAUGACCUGCGUCCCUUCCACGAGCGCAUGGAGGAGUGUUUCAAGCUGCUGAGGAAGAAAGUAGAGAAGGAGUACGGAGUGAGAGAACUGCCGGACCUGGUCGGGAGGAAGUCCACUCGUCCACGCUCCAUGCUGCGCUCCUUCCGUCAGUCCAUCAUCUCCAUCUCCUCCCUGCAGGGAUCUGAGUGUGGAACUCCAACCAAGACCUUUGCAGACAGGGACUUCCCCCCCGAGUCCCCGAGCUCCUGGUCCUCCACCCUGCAGCACUCCAGCGGCAGCAUGAGCGUGGGCACAGUGGACGAGGGGGUGGUGACGGUGGGCGAGGCGGAGGUCAAACUGAGAAAAAGUAAGAAGAAGAAGAAGAGGAGCAGCAUGAUCUUCAUCACGGAGGAGAGGGACAGGACGAACACGCUGGACUCCAAACGGCUGUCCAAGAAACAGGAGUUCCGCAGUGACACCAACUUGUCUGAUCCAAUCGAAGGGAAUGUGAGGUUGACCAGCGCCAACUCCAGAUCCCUGCCUGCCAUCACCGGUUUGUCCUUGGCUGUGGUGGGAGGCCCAGAGGACGUGGACGGCUCCAGAUCCAGGAGGGACAGUAAGAGCAUGUCGCUCUGUUUGACCUCUGACCGAACCGCGGACAGACGCUCAAAGGGCGUCAUCAACCUCCUCUUCAAAUCCAAGAACUCCAAAUCCGACGAUGGGAAGUCCGGUGAUCAGAACAAAAAAAGAGACAGUCAUUUCUAAAAAUCCAUUAUUUUCAUUUUGUACUUCUCUCUCUCUUCAUUUGCAUUUGUUUUAAAAAGAGAUUAACCUGCAGCCAGAAAACCAGAGCUAUGCACCAACUCUGUCUCAGUGUUGCUGUUGCCUUAAUAUAAUUGAUUUGACCUAUCAAUAAAAGCUAUUUUUUUUCGCAGUGA